CACCCAAAGCAUCACACCCAGAGAGUCAUUCCAGAGCCACAGUCAGUCACUGAGUCUGACUAACUGAACUAUAGCUAUGGCUACGGAAAGCUCAUGAAAAACUUCUCUUUGCAUAUUUGAUAGAAGCUGCUUAGUCAAAUUUGCCAUGAUUAAGCAACAUGAAGGUAGCUUGACUGGACUUCUCCUAAAAGUCAAAAAGAGAGCUACAUAUGUCAUUGACUCACACACUCAGCGCACACAUGGUUUGCAUGUUUCUAAUAUCAAGGAAAGUGGGCCUGAACACUGCGAGGCACUGUCUGGCAAGUUAAAUAAAGAAUGGCUGUACUCUGUGUGAAACAAUGACCCGUGGUCUCGACACUGUCAGGAUUAAGCUUUAAUGAGGAUUUCACAAACUGACUGACACUGUUAAAUUUAGCGGAUGGUCGCCCACGUGUCACCUGGGGUUUGGAGUGUGAACUCCCUGCUUGAUAUGGAAGUAUUUUAAAGCGACUGUUUUAACACGUCGCAGAGUAAUGUGUUUUUCCAAGAAUAAUGGGCGGCAGUAGUUUGUUAUUCGAGGGACUUAACUUGUAAAACAGCUAUUUGGGAAUGCAGACUUGCAGGUACUCAACCGCUUUCGAUGGGCGUGCGCUCGGCUUGUGUACCUAACCGCAAUGGGAGUUCAAGGUGUAACCAUAGAGCGCUCGCAAGAGGGAGGGCUGAAGUGGAGGUACAGCCAGAGGAAGAGUCAAAGAGGGUGGAACUGUCAGAGUGGGGAGGGGGGGGGGGCAAAUGGAAGGAGUAAGCAAGAUUGAGCCUGCAGCACAGAUUCACUGAGAGUACAGCUGACUUCAAGAAGAAGGCAGACAUUGUUUGACACAACCUGGAGCGGAGGACAAGGAGCAGGUAAGAAGAAACAUCCAGCCAUCAGCAGCCGGCCUUGACCACCUCAUCUUUUCCCAUCUAUAAAUACGGCAAUCACUGGAUUAUUUACAAGCCUCUCCCGCUGCCUGUGCGAGAGGAGGGUUGUGCUGCGCUCACCGCCGACAUGCUGCGUCCUGCUGGCGUGGGUGCAGCUGUGUGGCUGCUCGCCGCGCUGGGCCCGGGCCUGUCUCUCCCAGCUGAGGACAGCAGCCUCUGCACCCACUGCUUCUACAGACAGACGCCACCUCAGGGAGCCUCUGCAGGACUGCUCUGCCACAGCCUGCCCGGAGGACGGAUGUUCGCCACCAUGCUCAAAGCGACCUGUGACACCGCCGUCUUCUCCGCCUUCCAUCUCGGCCACGGGUGGACGGAGAGGGAGGGGAAAGGGCUCGUGACAAGUAAAGAAGAAAAGAACAUUAAAUCUGCAGUACCGGCCCUUCUCAGAGGAGGCAAGCAUCCAUCUCAUCCUGCCUCGCCAACAGACUCCCCGCUUCAUCACUGGGACUCGACCGUCACAACGCUGGUCAAGUCAAGCAUCUCUCCCCAGUGCAGCACUUUAGGGGGCGAUCUCUACAUCCUCACCGGGGUCGGAGGUCUCGGGGCUGCUGAGGAUGGACACGAGAAGUGUCAGACGAGGCCGCUGUGGUCUGCAGUGUGCUGCGCUCUGCCAGAGGGGAAGAGUGGCUUCAGCAUGGGGUUAAUCAGAGAGACAGCGGAAGGGGAGAGGCAAUUGAGCGUGAAGGAGCUGGGGGAGAUUCUCGGAGUGGCAGAGCUUUUCUCAGAGGGCUGCGGAGGAGCAGAUGGGGCGACUGCCGGGGUCAGAGUGGGUCUUCGCAGUGAGGGCCUCCCGGGCAACGUAGAAAAGCUGGAUGCAGAUCAUACUGGUGAAAACACAGGCGUUGAAGGUGUAGAUUCAAAAACUGAAGCUGGUCAAGUCGCUGAAGGAGAGGAGGUUGGAUCAGAAGCCGCUGAAAGAAUUGAUCUGCGUGAUGUGACCCGUUCAGGAGCCGUGCGAUUAGCGUCUCCUGAAUCAGCUGACUAUGAAACUGCGGAUGAACAAGAGACGGAUAACAAUUCCGUGUUCAAUGUUCUGAUGUACGUCCUCUCCACCACCGUGUCCAUCCUUAAGGCUCCGCUGCAGCCGGUCGUCUCCACCGUCACUAAAUUACCUGGACAGGUGACCUACGUUCUGCAGGAAGACCUCGAGGUUCUGUCUGCAAUUCCUGGUGAAACCUUCUCCCUACUCCACCUCUUGACUUCUGACCUCUUGUAUUGGACCGGCUCUGCUGGAGAAACGCUGCUGGGUAUCGGGGAAGACUGCUGCUCCAGCAUCUACUACUGCGUCUCCUCCAUGCUGGAGGCCCUGCUGAACAGCUGCCACACUGGGGUCACUGGCAUAGGGACCCUUGCUGGAGACUCAGUGGGGAUAUUUUGCGGGGCGUUGGACAAUGUUUGGUGGGUCACCGAGUUCUUCGGAGGCCAGCUGUGGGAGCAGGGUGAGGCUUACGUAGGAACAGUGGUGUCAGAGAUGGGGGGUCAGGUGCAAGCUGUCGGCGGAGGAUUUGGGAGGCUGGCGAGUCGAAGUGGAAUUGGGGUGGGUAAUGUGUUUAAAAUAGGAGGGGGUUUAGUACUGGGCAUCGUGGAUACAGUCUUUGGUGCGGGGAAAAUGGCUUUUGAGUAGGAGUCAGAAUGAAAGUGGAACCAAGUUGCUUCAAUUUUGGUUUGUGAAUUUUUUAGCAUGUAAGCGAACCAGAUGGGGCUAUUUCAGUUUGAUGUCAUAUGAAGAUCAGUUGGACAAGGAUAGCAUAUGUGUUUGCACCACACUUUGUGAAUCACAAAUGUCUUACCCCUUAAGUCUUACACUCCACUAGGGCAGAUUCUCUGUAUAAUCUGCUGCCGGGAUUAGAGACCCAACUGUGACUAAAAAACACUGUACACAAGGCUUUUGGAUGUAAUUAAUCAAAACAAUUAUUGUAUGAUAAAUGUUUGCUUACGUGUACAUUUUAAUUAAAACGGAUGCUGGUCUAUUGUUUUGAUCCUC